AUUUAAAGUCUAUGUGCAUUUAUUUCCUUUCGUGUUCUUCAUCUGCUGAUUAAUUUCUGCCCGUGACUUUUAUUUUGAAAGGGCGUAGCGGAAGCUCAGUUGUACUCACGCUAACUUGAUCUCGCGGGCCAGCGCGUGCGUUUCAGCUGGGCACUGCUUGGCGUGCACGCGCAGAACUUUGCAUCUUCUUCCAGAAGUUCUGGACGGACCGGAAUGGUUUCUGUCCCGCUUUGACAGAGACCCGAUCCGACCCAGUAUCGUCGCUCCGGUUCACCAUCCAGGGUUAAAAUGCAGGUUCUGGUUCUGUUCUGUCUCUGUCUGAAUCUGGACUGUGUCUUUACCCGCCCGAACCCAGUGCAGAGCUUCCAGAACCUCACAGAUGCUCCCGAACAAUUCAUCCUGGAAGACCCGGUCCUGGACUAUGACCUGUUUCAUGAGGACCUGGAGGGCGGCGGGAACGGAACCGGCGGGGCGGGGGGUUGUGGACCCUGUGACCCGGAGCUGUGCCCGGAGACCCGCGGCUGCCGAGCUGGACUGGUACCGGACCGCUGCGGGUGCUGUCAGGAGUGCGCGAACCUCGAGGGUCAGGCCUGCGAUCCGGGAGAUCGGAACCUCUUCUACGGUCUGUGCGGGUCUGGACUGCGGUGUCAGGGGGACCCGAACCCCGCAUCGGGAGAAGAGGAGGAGGUGUGCGUGUGUGAGGAGCAGGAGCCCGUUUGCGGCUCCGACGGAACCACCUACACGAACAUGUGUCAGUUCAGGCAGGCCAACUUCUCCGGACCGAACCUGCAGCUGAGCGCGCGCGGACCUUGCAGGACCGUCCCCGUCAUCAAGGUCCCGCCUCAGAGCCAGCUGAACGGGUCGGGCGGCAGCCUGCUGUUCUUCUGUGAGGUCUUUGCGUUUCCGAUGGCCCUGGUUGAGUGGAGGAAGGACGGGCGGGACGUCGUUCUGCCUGGAGAUGACCCUCACAUCUCUGUCCAGUCGAGGGGCGGUCCUCUGAAAUUCGAGCUUUCCAGUUGGCUGCAGAUUGAGAGGGCGGAGCAAAGUGACUCAGGAACCUAUCACUGCAUAGCUCGCAAUGACCUUGGAUCUGUGUCUGCGUCGGCCGUACUCAGGGUUCUGGAAGCAGAGGAGCUCUCCUCCCACCUGGCCAGCAGCGUCGCUGAGAUGAUGCAGCUCAUGGGCCACACAGACUACGAUCAGGACUCCUACUGACACCAUCUCACUUCCUGUGUCCCUGUGGCGGUCUCACAAAGACUUUUAUUUUGAAAAACAGAGAGCCGACAUCGGCUUUCUGGAUCGAAAGAACCUGGCAGGAGUUCUGCUGUGCUGACUGACAGAGCUUGGGUUGUUCUGGAAGUGGGCCGGUUCCUUUAGGCGCCUCUUUUCUGUGACAUGAUGAACAUGGCGGGUUCCUCUGGUCGACCGCAUCACAGCGGCGGUUUCCUCUAAAGUUGAGGUCAUCCGUGAAGUUACCACCGUAAAGCCAGAGGGUUUGUUAUCCUGUACCGGAUUUAAAAAAAUAUAUUAUUUCUCAAAACGACUCAUCAAAAAA